AUGUUAGCUGUGGGGGCGAUGGAGGGCCCCCGGCAGAGCGCGUUCCUGCUCAGCAGCCCGCCCCUGGCCGCCCUGCACAGCAUGGCCGAGAUGAAGACCCCGCUCUACCCCGCCGCUUAUCCCCCGCUGCCCACGGGGCCCCCCUCCUCCUCGUCCUCGUCCUCCUCGUCCUCGUCGCCCUCCCCACCUUUGGGCACCCACAACCCGGGCGGUUUGAAGCCCCCGGCCGCGGGGGGCCUCUCGUCCCUGGGCAGCCCCCCGCAGCAGCUUUCGGCGGCCACCCCGCACGGCAUCAACGACAUCCUGAGUCGGCCCUCCAUGCCGGUGGCCUCGGGGGCCUCCCUGCCCUCCGCCUCGCCCUCGGGGUCUUCUUCCUCCUCCUCUUCGUCGGCCUCCGCCACCUCGGCCUCGGCCUCUGCCGCCGCCGCUGCCGCUGCGGCCGCCGCCGCCGCUGCAGCCUCGUCGCCCGCCGGGCUGCUGGCCGGCCUGCCCCGCUUCAGCAGCCUGAGCCCGCCGCCGCCGCCGCCCGGGCUCUACUUUAGCCCCAGCGCCGCGGCCGUGGCCGCCGUGGGCCGGUACCCCAAGCCCCUGGCUGAGCUGCCCGGUCGGACGCCCAUCUUCUGGCCCGGGGUGAUGCAGAGCCCCCCUUGGAGGGACGCGCGCCUUGCCUGUACCCCCCAUCAAGGAUCCAUUUUGUUGGACAAGGAUGGGAAGAGAAAACACACCAGACCUACAUUCUCUGGUCAGCAGAUCUUUGCCCUGGAGAAGACUUUCGAACAAACGAAGUACUUGGCAGGACCAGAGAGAGCACGCUUGGCCUAUUCUCUGGGGAUGACGGAGAGUCAGGUCAAGGUCUGGUUCCAGAACCGCCGGACCAAGUGGAGAAAGAAACACGCAGCCGAGAUGGCCACAGCCAAGAAGAAGCAGGACUCGGAGACCGAGCGGCUCAAGGGGACUUCGGAGAACGAGGAGGAUGACGACGAUUACAACAAGCCCCUGGACCCGAACUCUGACGACGAGAAAAUCACUCAGCUGCUGAAAAAGCACAAAUCGAGCGGCGGCAGCCUCCUGCUGCACGCGUCCGAGGCCGAGGGCUCGUCCUGA